GUCUCCGCAUUUACCCGAGGCAUGUGCGAUCAAAAUAGGCGUCAGUUUGUUCUUCCAGUCAACCACUGAGCAUCGUUGUAUACCAUGUCUUUCCGCAAGAAUUUCACGAAGAAUUGGCUAGCCAUUGAGGCUAUUCCUAUCUAUGUUAUCGUAGGAAGCGUCGUCGUUGGAGCCAGCUGGUAUCUCACUCGUCUCGCUCGGGGCCCAACUGUGCAAUGGACCGCCGCCAACCCUGCCCCGUGGAAUUCCAUCCAGCCCGACCAGGGCACCAAGCUCGUUGAGGUCAACCAUAAGUUCGACAAGCACUGGACCAGGGACAAGCUCUAAUUGUUGGAUGAUAAUCACACAAAUCAUGUGUAGUUUUUGUUUGCUUGUUGAAUGAACACAGACCUUUUAACAACUUUGUGAUUCGAUUCGAGUACCGUU